AUGUUGACCUGCCUCGCGUGCUCGAAGCAGCUGGGGGAUGCAGCCGAGCCAGCGCGUGGGAACCCGAGUACGAAGGAAGCCGUCAAAAGCCUGACAUCACAGGUUCCAUUCCAGCACAACCCCCUACUCUUUCUCUCUCUCUCUCUCUCUCUCUCUCUCUCUCUCUCUCUCUCUCUCUCUCAUUCUCUUUCUCUCCUUUACACACACAUGCAACCCCCAGCUAUGCAUCAUUCAUCAUAAAUACCUUGUUUUUAUUCGCUUUUCUGCCUUAGAGAGAGAAAGAGGCAAGAACGACCUUUCACUCACAUUCCUUGCCCCACUUCGAUAAAGGUUAAAGUUGGGCAGCCAACUCAGAAGAAUAGAGUGAGGGGAGGAACGAACUGACUGAUUUAAACAUAGACACAGUUCAUCAUAAAUUCUCAGAGCCGAUCCCCACUAGAUCCCCACGAAGCCGACAACAUCCUGUACUGUGUUGGUUAGAAGAGACCCUGUAGGCGUUUCUCAGAGGAGACAGAACCUCCACGGGCAAUUGCUUCUGCAACCAAGUCCAGGUACCUCUUUGAGGGUGACAAUGGCUGUAAAGAACCCUGGGAGCAUACAGGAGGGAGAAAAGUUCCUCCUCUCAUGUUCUUUUUCUUCUUUCUGGAAAACCAUGGCAUCCCUCGUCGAACAGAUAAAGGAGAUGGUGCUGAAGCUAUCCGGGGGGAAUCGGCAGUGCAAGCCGUCCGCCGGCGUGCCCUUCUCGUCCUCCAACCCCCACCGGAGCCACAGCGGCGGCGGCGGUCUGUCAGAGGAUGAGCACCUGCAGUACCUGACGGGCUGGGGGAGUUCUACGGCCACCAUGCCCGGGUGGGACUUCGCCGGGGUCAACUCGGACUCGGUGGACGCCCGCUUCGCCGACGGGGUGAAGUGGUGGCCCCCCCCCCGGAUUGGGUUUCAGGGUGGAGAGCCUCUGAGCAGAGAAGGUGCAUCGUACGACGUUCUGCUUGAGGACGACGACGGUGAGCCCAAGGAGUGGAUGGCCCUGGUGGAGCCCGGCGUACUCAUCACCUUCAUCUCCCUCCCCGGCGGCGGCAACGACCUCAAGCGCAUCCGCUUCAGGUAUCCCCCCUUCUCUCUCUCUAUCUCUAUCUCUAUCUCUAUCUAUCUAUUAAUCUCUGUGGAUCUGAUAAUUUAGAUGCUUGGGGUUGUUCAGUAGGGAGAUGUUCAACAAGUGGCAGGCGCAGAGGUGGUGGGGGGACAACUACGACCGCAUCAUGGAGCUCUACAACGUUCAGCGCUUCAGCCGGCAGGGCCUCCCCACUCCCCCCCGCUCCGAGGACGAGGUGAGCACGGUCAACUUUAGAUUCUCCCUCUUGGUCAAACGGGAACACCCUGUAGUUUUCCACCUCCGUGAAUUGGAGGUCAAAGGGAACAUAACCCCCACCCUCCUCCCUAUAGUGCCAGAUUUUGCUUGUCCUCGUCCCCCGCUGAGAGGACCAGGAAAGACGUAGGGCCCACAUCAUGGUCAACGUUCUCUCUCUUCUCUCGUCGGCUUAUUUAUGAAUGAUUUAAUGCCGCGGUGUUGCAGAGGGACUCGUCGCACCACUCGCGGCCCGGUUCCGCGAGGGAGAGCCCGGGGGCUCUGCCAUCACCGUUCAAGCACGCGCCGGCGAGGAACGCCGCUCGCAGGGUGCCCACCGGCGGGGGCGCCGCCCCCGACGGCGAGUGCGGCGCCGCUCUCGCUCCCGUGACGGACCCCACGGAACGCCUCCUCCAGCGCGCCGCCUCCUCGCCUGUAGAAGCCUCGCGGAGGACUACCUCCUCCAGAGACGAGGACACGACGGAGUGGGUGGAGCAGGACGACCCCGGAGUUUACGUCACCGUCCGGCAGCUGGCGGAUGGCGCCAGGGAGCUCCGCCGGGUCAAGUUCAGGUAGAUAAGAUCUGCCAUUCGUCAUCCGCAUGAAGAAUUACACGUGCUCCACGUGCUUUUUUACUCACUGGCGAGACUUGCUACUCAUUGGCAGCCGGCAACACUUCUCGGAGGUGCGCGCCAAACAGUGGUGGGAAGAAAACUGGGAGAGGAUUCAAGCCCAGUACCUCUGA